CUUGUCUCCUCCCAUUCGCCGCUCGGGGUUCUCGCUCGUGCAUCACUGAGACGAGAGAGACUCACAGGUUUCGAAAAGAUGGCGGCCACUUCAUCCGAUAGCGCGGAGCAAGACUCCCCCUCACCCAGCAACGAAAACGGGGCGACACCGCCAGGUGAAACCGAGGACCAGCUGCGGGGCCUGCAGCUUCCACAACUGAAGCAGAGCAACCAAGAGAAAAUGGAAGCGGGAGGAGAGGGAAAUGGUGAGAGAGAGGUUAGGAGAGACGGGGACGGAAAAGCUGCUGCCGCUGAAGAAGAGGAUGAAGAGGAGGAGAUAGGUAGCGUGAGUGCCGGUGGCGAGGAGGAGACCUCCGAGCAGCAAAGCCCGGCUAGCAGCAGCGAGACCGGGGACGGCCCGGAGAAAGAGAUCAAACAGGAACAAAGGGAAGAGUGCGAGUCCGUGUCCGGCGACGGUAAUGAGAAGAGCAAAGCUGCAGAGGAUACCAUCGACAAGAGCAGCACCACGGGCGGCUUAACCAGCGAGCAUGCUAACAAGAGACGGGCCAGUGUGGAAAUCUCCUCCUCAGACGGGGAACCCCUAAGCCGCAUGGACUCUGAAGACAGUAUAAGCAGCACCCUAAUGGACAUGGACAGCACGGCGUCGAGUGGGCGAUCAACGCCAGCCAUGAUGAACGGCCAAGGAAGCACGACACCAUCCACCAAAAGCAUUGCUUACAACUGCUGCUGGGACCAGUGUCAAACCUGCUUCAACUCCAGCCCAGACCUGGCAGAGCACAUCCGCUCCUUUCACGUGGACGGGCAGCGGGGAGGGGUUUUUGUCUGUUUGUGGAAAGGCUGCAAAGUAUAUAACACACCGUCUACCAGUCAAAGUUGGCUGCAGAGGCACAUGUUGACGCACAGUGGAGACAAACCAUUUAAGUGCGUGGUUGGUGGAUGUAAUGCCAGUUUUGCGUCUCAGGGUGGACUGGCCCGGCACGUUCCCACACACUUCAGCCAGCAGAACUCCUCUAAAGUCUCCAGCCAGCCAAAGGUUAAGGAAGAGUCUCCGUCCAAAGCGUGCCUGAACAAGCGCAAGAGGCUCAAGAACAAGCGGCGGAGAUCAUUACUAUUGCAGAUGACUGGAGGAGAGGCCAUACACCAGCAAGUGACCAAAGCAAGGCCACAUGACUUCUUUGACGCACAGACGAUGGAUGCCAUACGGCAUAGAGCUAUCUGCUUGAACCUCGCUACGCACAUAGAAAGCCUGGGGAAUGGACACAGUGUUGUAUUUCAUAGCACAGUAAUAGCAAGAAGAAAGGAAGACUCUGGGAAGGUGAAAAUCCUGCUCCACUGGACACCCGAGGACAUCUUGCCUGAUGUGUGGGUAAAUGAAAACGACCGGCCUCAGCUAAAGACAAAGGUUGUACACUUGUCAAAGCUACCACAAGACACUGCUGUGCUAUUAGAUCCUAAUAUUUACAGAACAUUGCCACAGAAGAGGCUGAAGCGGAGGUAAGCUACUGCGCUCUGCAAGCGCAACGCUCCCCAACAUUAACUGAAAUUGAGAAAACUAUUUUGCACAUUUUAAAGUCACUUUCAAUCCCAAUAUCUUAAAUAUUAAUAUUUAUUCUUUACCGGAAGUGUAAGAUAGAUCUUUUUCUGACUACAUCUGAAAGAUAUGAAACUGAGCCAUGAAGGUGACUCAAAGUUUCUGACUAAAACAUUUGUUCUUUUUCGUACACCGGGUUUGUACUGUACCAAUGUACAUAGAUUAUAUAUUUGUAAUUAAAUGUCCUUGCGGUGAAAAAAAAUUCUUUUAAAAAGCAAAUCAUGCGCCAUAAAAUAGAAAUCUUAGGAAAUUUGAGAAAUUUCGCAACACUUCACAACAUUUCUGAUUCCUAGUCAACCCACAUGUCCCUUCUGAGGUCAGUAAGAAGAGUGAAUUGCAGGUACUGAAAAUAAGACGAGUGUCUUUGUGCAUUUGCAAACAGUAUUCAGAACAGGAGGAAGCUGUCGUGUGCUUGUCUGGAUCAGGAGAUGAAUGUAAUAAACUUUGGGGGGAUGAGAUGUAAGACUUACUGUAUUCAGACCCCUAUUGUGCCUAAAGUAUGCAGCACAUUUCUGUAUAUGGUGUCGCUUAUGUAAAUGUAAUUGUAUGUUCCAACUUGCAGCAUGCUGUGUGAUGUACAUGACCUUUUUUUUUUUUUUUUUUUGCUUUUGUAGAUUUUUUUUUGUUGCUUUUGUAGAUUUUUAUUUUUUUUUUAAGGGGGGGGGGGGUUAAGUUUACCAUGUAACAUGUUAGUCUAAUAGAAGGCAAAACAUGUUGCAUAUAGAAAUAGUGCUUGUAAAUACUUUUGCAGAUUUUGUAAUAUAUUUUUAUACCAUGUGUUUUUUUGUGUCCUAGAAGCAUGACAUUUGAAUUGUACAUAAUAUGGUAGGGGUAAUGUUGAAGGAUAAUAUAAUUCAAUAGUUUGACACAAUAACUUUUUGAAAACAGAAGCACCUUUCUUGCUAACAAUACAAUAUGUAAUUGACCGAGAUUUAGUGGAUUGUGUGAUACUGCUGCUCCUGCUUGGAUCUGAGUGCUGCGCUGGAUUUAGUCUGCCUACAGCAUGUGAAAGUCUGCAAAUCUGUAAUGCAUUGCUUAGUUUGUAACAAAAGAAGGUCAAAUCAGUUUUAUUCUUGAGCACUUGAUCAUUCUCAGCCUCUUAAUUCUGUACCUAGAAAAAAAUCGCUAUAGCUUUGGUUGUCAGCUAUGUUUUUGUAAUAAAACAUUGAAAUGGAGAAAGCCGUGUGCAUUUGAUUAU